GCGUCUUUGGUGGAUGAGUUCAAACGCAGAAUGCAGACACCGAAUUUCAACCAAGUGCUAGUACCAGAGUUGCCAUUUCCGUAUGGGCUUGGAAAUGGGCUGACAGUCGGUCGGUUUGGAGAGCGGUCCAGCGACAACCAUAACAACUCCUCGAAAGAAAUUAUCAACAACGAAAUGCACAGGAAAUUUUGGCACCCAAGUCUCACUCUACCCCCACCCCGCACGGGCUACGAUUUAUUUCGACCAGUUCCUUAUUACUGUUAUCCGCCAGCGUAUUUUUUCGCAAGACGAGAUUUGCCGGGAGUACCGGAGUUUUUAAAGGCAGACGGCUUAACUUCGGGCUUGCGACCUACGAUAGAAACCAAGAACGGGAGUACUUCGUCGGCCGUCAGCGGCGCUCCCCACCACUCGGCGACAGGGUUCCAAUACCAACACCAGGCGUUAUACGAAAAACUGUCAUCAUAUCCCCUUGCGUUGAACUUGAACGGAUAUAGAAAUGAAUCCAAUAAACUGUUAGACGGUUUGAAUCUUGAUAAAGAAAAGGCCUUAACAAGCCGAAAUCACACCGGGUCGAGCAUGCGAACGAAGCGAUGCGCUGCUAAUAAACAGAAAACUUUCACAUGUACUGAGUGUGGAAAGGUAUUCAACGCACAUUACAAUUUAACCAGACACAUGCCAGUUCAUACCGGAGCAAGACCUUUCGUGUGUAAAAUUUGUGGUAAAGGUUUCCGCCAAGCCAGCACUCUCUGUCGUCACAAGAUCAUCCAUACUUCGGAGAAACCACACAAAUGCAAGACUUGUGGUAAAGCGUUCAACCGCAGCUCGACACUAAAUACACACCUGCGCAUACAUGCGGGCUACAAACCCUUCGUGUGUGAAUACUGCGGUAAAGGGUUCCACCAAAAAGGCAACUACAAAAAUCAUAAACUGACACAUAGCGGAGAUAAGGCGUACAAAUGUAAUAUUUGUAACAAAGCUUUUCACCAGGUAUAUAAUUUAACGUUUCAUAUGCACACCCACAACGACAAAAAACCGUUUACUUGUAGUAUUUGUGGGAAGGGUUUUUGUAGAAACUUUGAUUUGAAAAAACACGUCAGAAAAUUACACGAAGGUAACGACAUGAUGCGAUGCUCGACCGCUAGUCCAUUUGAUAACAGUACGAUAAGCAACGACUGUUGCGGCGACGACCAGAGAGAACACAUUGUACUUAUUGACGAACAGAAGACGAAUGUCGCAAUAGAUUUAGCUGCACAAUAAUUACGUGUUAUAACAAUUUGAUAAAUAUAUAUUUAAGAAAGAACACUCUUUGGCAAAUACAAACUUGUGUUGUACAGUAUAAUAUUUAAACCCGCGGUAAGCACCCGAGUUGGGUUAACGCGAUUAGAGCUAACAGUUCUUUUAGCGCCACGGGGUUUAACCAGUAGUCGCAAGACAAUUAAAUUCAAAAUUAGGCGAUUACUGAUCAGAUCUGUAUAUAUUGCUACCAAACUUAUUUUAUAGUAGAAUUUCUGAAAUGUAACAAGAACUAUUGCAAUGACGUUCAUGAAUUACAAUUAUCUAAACCGGGGAGAAAUUACUUAUAUGUUCGAGGAAAUCAUUGAAGAUCGAUUAUUUGUAAUUUUUAGAUAUAAUACAAGAUAUUCCGCAUUUAUGUGAUGUGAAAUAACCUUAUAUUGUGGAUUUGUUAUGGUCUCUGUAUAACAGACAUAUCGAGUAAACGAAUAAUUGUUUUUACCCAA